UCGAUGAGAGCGUUGUGGAUCCUGUGUCGGGUGGUUUCCUGUGUCGGGCUAGGGGUGGAGAUGUUCGGGUCCCCAGCCGAUGGCAGUGUGAUGUUUGCCACUAUGAUUGUGAACAAUUUUUAUCAGUGCUCUCGACUUUGUGUGGUCACUGGCGGGUGCCAGGCCCGAAAAUAUGACGCCGAGUUCCGCGAGUGCCAUCUGUACAUGGCGCCAGAACACAUCACCCCCAGGGUCCCUGAUGGUGACAGCCUAUCCCAGGAGGACACAGCAGAUAAGGUGUCACCGAGCCCUUGUCGGGGUCGCCCUUGCAGGAAGGAUCAGAUCUGUGUUGUUGCUGCGUCGGGGGAUGGCCACGUGUGCUUGUCAGGAUCCGAUUGCGGCCGCCCCCCGCUGCGACCUACAUUGGUUAUGGCAGGAUGGAACGAAAGCUACUUUGGGGCAUUGAGUGUGUACACGUGCGAGCUGGGUCACAACAAGACAGGGGGCAGCGGGGUCACUGUUUGUCAGGACAGAGGGCAGUGGUCACCUCCGACACUACAGUGUAUAGGUAAACAUACUACGAUGUACAGGUAAACAUAAUUACUGUGUACAGGUAAACAUCACUACAGUGUACAGGUAAACAUACUACGAUGUACAGGUAAACAUAACUACAGUGUACAAAUAAACAUCCCAGCAAUGUACAGGUUAACAUCACUACUGUGUGCAGGUAAACAUCACUACAGUGCACAAGUAAACAUUACUACAGUGUACAGGUGAACAUCACUACAGUGUACAGGUUAACAUCACUACUGUGUGCAGGUAAACAUCACUACAGUUUAGAGGUAAACAUUACUACUGUGUGCAGGUAAACAUCACUACAGUGUACAGGUAAACAUCACUACAGUGUACAGGUAAACAUUACUACUGUGUGCAGGUAAACAUUACUACAGUGUUCAGGUGAACAUUACUACAGUGUACAAAUAAACAUCCCAGCAAUGUACAGGUUAACAUCACUACUGUGUGCAGGUAAACAUCACUGCAGUGUGCAGGUAAACAUCACUACAGUGUACAGGUGAACAUUACUACAGUGUACAUGUGAACAUUACCACUGUUUAUAUGUGAACAUUGCUGUUAUAUACAGGUAAACAUAACUACAUGUACUGUGUACAGGUAAACAUCAGUACAAUGUCCGGGUAAACAUCACUACAUGACAUGACAUCUGCUAUUGCCACGGAGUUGUGCUCCAAUAAAGUGAUAAAGAAAACGUGGUAAAAGGUUCACGGGCUAUUAAAUAACUACUAAUUGUACUUAUAGUUGACAAUUACAAAUAAAUCCACUCUGCUCUCACACAGAUCACAAAUUAAUUCUAUCAGCGCAAAUAUACAACCACGUUUUAGCUAAACAACUGUAUUACAGCUAUAAAAAUGAAGGUAGCUAAAACAACAAUGUGACAAGCUAUGGACCGGGAGCGUCGACUGCCAAUUGUCGGUUGCGACCAGUUAACACCUGAGUCAAAGAACUCCACACUGUAAUGAGUAAAUAAACUCGGCUCAGUAAACAAAGGUGAAAUAUACACCAAGAAAUUAUCCCAAAAAUGAGUCACUUCGACUACAAAAAUCGACUACAGUUUCUGUCACUUUGACUGAACAAAGAAACACUAAAGUUCCAAAAUUGUUAGUUAAUCACGGGAAAGUUGGUUAUCCAUGGAUUACUAGAAUAACUGAGUAUUAUGGACACUAGUUACUAAGAGUUUAGAAAUCACGGGAAAGUUGGUUAUCCACGGAUACUAGAAAAACAGAGUAUUACAAACCCUAGUAACUACGUUUAGUUCAGUGUAACCAGACUAAGUCAGAAUAUAGAUCGAAAAAAGCCCGUACCCUCUUACGACCGUGACCACUCCAGUAGCGAGACAAUCGUGAACGAUUUAACGAAGCCUGGAGGGUGAAGAUACGAGAUCAAGAAAGUCUAAAUAUACGGCGCACGCGGACGUCGGAGGCGACAUCCUGUCGAGGAACGCCGUAGAAUACAACUGACUGAGGGGGCAAGCCAACGUGUUUCUAAACACGGGGAAAACGCAAAUAGCAAAUUAACUACUAUAUCUACACUGGAGAGUUUCAAAAUAAAGCGCUGAACAGAAGAUAUCCAACGGUAUCAUUAAAGAUUCACGACAAGAUAUGUUAAAUUAUUGACGAGGCAAAAGAUUUUAGAACAAUAUUUUCAGUAGAAGAAUAUAGUAGUGAACAUAUGAGAGACAACAUAAUCCAGUCAUUACAUGGUUUGAGAGUGUCAUGAGUACAAGAGAGAAAAAUAGUUGGGCCACUAAUUCUCUAACACCAAAUGACAACAAACUGUACAAUGACAGCCGCCGGAAUUUACCGAACAGUGUCGGUACUUACGUCGGGGACCGUGAUAUGGGUAAAAUUGAUCCACGGUGACACUAUGAAUAAGAGCAGUAAAAGUUGUAAACAGUGAGAGAGAGAGAGAGAGAGAGAGAGAGAGAGAGAGAGACACAGAGCCCAGCGUCCAGAUGACCACCACAUUCAACACGACGGUGACCUUCACGUGUUCUGCUGGCUACAGGAACCAUGGCGGGGACGACACCAUCACCUGUCAGGCGAACGGACAGUGGUCAUCAACAUCGUUGGACUGCCAAGCGGUGGUUUGUAGGAUUCCUGCCGCAAGAAACAACACAGAGCCCAGCGUCCAGAUGACCACCACAUUCAACACGACGGUGACCUUCACGUGUUCUCCUGGCUACAGGAACCAUGGCGGGGACGACACCAUCACCUGUCAGGCGAACGGACAGUGGUCAUCAACAUCGUUGGACUGCCAAGCGGUGGAUUGUGGGAUUCCUGCCGCAAGAAACAACACAGAGCCCAGCGUCCAGAUGACCACCACAUUCAACACGACGGUGACCUUCACGUGUUCUCCUGGCUACAGGAACCAUGGCGGGGACGACACCAUCACCUGUCAGGCGAACGGACAGUGGUCAUCAACAUCGUUGGACUGCCAAGCGGAGGAUUGUAGGAUUCCUGCCGCAAGAAACAACACAGAGCCCAGCGUCCAGAUGACCACCACAUUCAACACGACGGUGACCUUCACGUGUUCUGCUGGCUACAGGAACCAUGGCGGGGACGACACCAUCACCUGUCAGGCGAACGGACAGUGGUCAUCAACAUCGUUGGACUGCCAAGCGGUGGAUUGUGGGAUUCCUGCCGCAAGAAACAACACAGAGCCCAGCGUCCAGAUGACCACCACAUUCAACACGACGGUGACCUUCACGUGUUCUCCUGGCUACAGGAACCAUGGCGGGGACGACACCAUCACCUGUCAGGCGAACGGACAGUGGUCAUCAACAUCGUUGGACUGCCAAGCGGAGGAUUGUAGGAUUCCUGCCGCAAGAAACAACACAGAGCCCAGCGUCCAGAUGACCACCACAUUCAACACGACGGUGACCUUCACGUGUUCUGCUGGCUACAGGAACCAUGGCGGGGACGACACCAUCACCUGUCAGGCGAACGGACAGUGGUCAUCAACAUCGUUGGACUGCCAAGCGGUGGAUUGUAGGAUUCCUGCCGCAAGAAACAACACAGAGCCCAGCGUCCAGAUGACCACCACAUUCAACACGACGGUGACCUUCACGUGUUCUCCUGGCUACAGGAACCAUGGCGGGGACGACACCAUCACCUGUCAGGCGAACGGACAGUGGUCAUCAACAUCGUUGGACUGCCAAGCGGUGGAUUGUGGGAUUCCUGUCGCAAGAAACAACACAGAGCCCAGCGUCCAGAUGACCACCACAUUCAACACGACGGUGACCUUCACGUGUUCUGCUGGCUACAGGAACCAUGGCGGGGACGACACCAUCACCUGUCAGGCGAACGGACAGUGGUCAUCAACAUCGUUGGACUGUCGAGUCAUCCCCAACUGGAUCACGACGAAGACGCUGUCUGCUGGUCCGGCGAAGUUGACGUGUACUGACAGGAUGUCCCCGGCCGGCAGUCUGGUGUCGGUGUCCUGUGAGGCUGAUGAGAUGCUGAUAGGCUGCUCCUCAAAAUCUGCGUCUUCAAGUGGCAAAGUCAACGGCGUCAAAAUAGUCAUGGUCAAGGGCACUCCUUUCUGCCAAAUUGACAUAACGAGCACAACUGGCGCCUCAGCACAGUACGCCUCUGCUAGAUGCUGUAAACAGGACGGACUACAGUGUGAAUACCUCACUGAUGGACCAUCUAAGAACAUCAAUGAUGCACAUGUUCAGUCGGAAUGUUUCAAGUCCUUUCAAGUCAUGGGAUGUGGUGUGCAUCAGCCUAAUGGUUAUCUGGAUGGCGUAGAGAUCAACCCCAGUUACUGCCGUGCAUACGCCGGGGGUUUCUCAGUUACAGGCGUAUAUUCCUAUGCCACCUGCUGCAGGGCUCCGGAUCUCUCGUGUAGCGUACACUCUGCAAAGCCUCAACCUGUGAGCGGACUGCUGAAGGCGACGUGUCCCGACGGCUUCACCCUCACUGGAUGUGGAGGAUACAGUCCAUGGAAAGAAGCACGAGGCUCAUAUAUAGCAGACGACGGGGGUAUCCCGACAUGCCACGUGGAGAGUGAGACUGACAGGCCUGGCCGAACUACCGUAUUCUACGUAUGUUGUUGAUGGGCGGACAGCAUCAGCUUUAUAUUUCAAGGAGUAGUAGUGCUUAGAGAAACACCGAUAUAUCGACGAUUUUUUGGAUUAUCUUUCUGAAUAUUCUAUAUAUGUAAAAUAUUCUUUUGUGAAAUACAAAUUACAUUUGAAUUGUUAAAGAUUAAAUUAUAUCUGGAUAAAAAGACACGCAAAAGAAGGGAAAUAAAAUCCUCUCUACUUCAGUGACUAUCGUGAUAACAUCGGCUGAUGCUGAAUCUAUAGCAAGACGCUUUGGACAGCCGGGCGCAUAAAAACACUUUUUCCCCGAGUGAUACUGCUUCAACGAAUUUCUAUUACCGACAUGUUUUAAUAUGACGUUGUAAGAGAGUUAAAACAGAUUCCAAAUUAAUAGAAAACAGUUGUUUGAGUGAGCUGAUAUGUCACGUGACUUUCAUUGACUCGGAAAAAGCAUGCGGCUAAUUGCUUCGAAGCGGGGUAUAAGGGAUUUAUUCUCCCGCUGAGAAAAUCCAGGUGCAACCUGUUUUCUUCGUGCCGGAGUAUAAGGGAUACAUUCUCCCGGUGAGAAUUUUAUUUCUCUCCAAGCCUGGAUACAUCGUAUUUUAGAUCAUGUGAACCAAUCAGAUCUCAUCAUUCAGACAUGGCGGUAUGAUAAAGAGAUGUUGUGCAUUCUUGGUGUUUAAAUGAGGAUUUAAGAUUUCUCACUGACCCAGUAACAAAAACCCAACGUAGCAACAAUCUUUGCGCUUACAUUUUGCAAUAAGUUAAGAAAACUAUUCUGACUUGAAUUUCACAUUGGCCUGACAUAUUUACCUCGCGUAUUUGCAGAGUAGCAAAAACAUUGUCUCUAAAUGGAAAAUAAACAUCUUAUAACGACCUAGGUGUUAUUGUAUUGUAUAUUGUUGAUAUUGUUUUACAAAUGCAGCUAACUGACAUUUUCCAAAAUUUAAUGGAAUAUAGCUCAAUAGCUCCUAUCUAUACAUAUUCAGCAAGAGGAGGGUGUCAUUUACGUCUAUGUUUCCUUCAGUAAAUAUACCAUAUAAAACAAAGAAGGAAAAAUGAAUUCCAGUCCAAUACUGUUCAUAACGUUUUAAAUGAUUUUGUUAAAUUUCAUUGGUCGAAAGGAAAUGUUACUGUUUGUCUUGACGCUCAGAGAACAGCAUUCAUUGUUGUUGAUUAGCUUUGUUUAUAUGUGUGGUUUCAUCUCGCUCCAUACACU